AAUUGCAGGGUUUACUUUUAACUUUGUAUUUUCUGUUUCGUUUCCUUAUCAGCUCAGAGAAACUGAGAUUCACUUUGUAUAUUCUGUCGGAUUUCCUUAUGAGCGCAAAGAAACUGAGAGGAAAUUGAAGGGUUUCGUUUAAAUUCACUUUGUAUUUUCUAUUUCGUUUCUUUACGAUCGAGUACAAAGAAACUGAGAAGAAAUUUAAGGGGGUUUACUUUCACUUUGUAUUUUCUGUUCAUUAUCCUUAUCAGUACCAUGUUUAUAGUUUUUGCAGUAUAUAAGUGUUGAUUUUAGCUUUGUAAUUUUCAGGUUGCACUGCUAGUUUAGUUUACUAGUACUUUGUUGCAUUCUUUCAUUUGUUUGAAUAAAAUUCUCAUUCAUCCCGAAACAAGAAACAAAGCAAAGCCAUGCCUUUGGACUAUGCAGGGGCUGCUCUUGGGGCAGCAUUUGGAGAGGGCUUUGCGGAUUUCCGUGUCGUAGUUAAGUAUGUGGUAGACAGAGCCCGUCUGUUCAAACCCAUUCUUAAACGCCUCGAAUCCACGUUAGAUCGUCUGGUGCCGACGGUCAUCGAAAUAGGACGAUUAAGCGAACAACUUACACUGCCAGAAGUGGAAACAAGGAGCUUGAUUGAACAUAUGAAAAAGGGAGAGAACCUGGUUCGCAAGUGCUCGAAAAUCCCUUGGUGGAACUACCUUUUCAAAGUAUAUUACUCCCCAAAGCUUAAAGAGUUGGAAGACGAAAUCGUCAGGUUCUGUCAGGUCGAUUUGCAAGUACAUAACACAAGGAAUGGGUUGAGGACUUUAGAAACGGUGAUCAGUAUUAGCAAGAGAAUGGGUUCGUUCAGGGUCGUGGAGACACCAACGGGGUCGAGCCACGGGGUUGCUGGACCCCAAGAUUUAAUAGUUGGGUUGGAUAUGCCAAUAAAGGAGUUGAAGACGCUGCUGUUGAAGAAGGAGGUGCAGCUGCUUCUAUUGACUGCUCCUGGAGGAUGUGGGAAAACCACAUUGGCGAAAAUGCUUUGUCAGGAUGAAGAAAUUAAGGGCACAUUUAAGGAAAAUAUUCUCUUUGUCACUGUUUCAAAAACUCCCAACGUGAAGCUCAUUGUACAAAACCUAUUUAAUUAUAAGAGUUUGUGGCUUGGGUUUCAAUUUCAAAGUGAUGAAGAUGCAAUUGACAAUCUGCCACAAUUGCUGAAUAAUAUUGGACCUGAUCCUAUAUUAUUGAUCCUGGAUGAUGUAUGGCUUGGAUCAGAAUCCCUUCUUGAGAAGUUUAAGUUUGAUAUUCCAGAUUACAAGAUUUUGGUUACAUCAAGAACUGCAUUUCCAAGAUUUGAAUUUACAUAUCACUUAAAACCGCUAAAUGAUGGAGAUGCGAUGACUCUUUUUCGUCAUUCAGCAUCCCUGAAAGAGGGGAGCUCUUAUAUUCCACCAGAAGAAGAUAUCAAAAAGAUAGUAAGAGGUUGUGCGGGGUUCCCACUGGUCCUUAAAGUGAUUGGUGGCUCACUGUGUAGGCAGAAGGCAGAAGUAUGGCACAGUAGACUAAUGAAUUGGUCUGAUGGACAAUUUUUUUUCAAUUCUGAUACUGUGCUACUUGAUCAGCUUCAAAAUAGUAUAGAAUUUCCUGAUGACAAGGUCAUCUUCAAAAACUGUUUCAUGGACCUUGGUUCAUUUCCUGAAGACCAAAGGAUCCCUGCUGCUGCCUUCAUUGAUAUGUGGGCAGAAUUAUAUGAACUAGAUGAAGAUGGCAUCCAAGCCAUUGCCAAUUUGCAAGAACUCACCAAUCGAAAUUUGGCUAGCCUUGUGAUGUCAAGGAAAGAUGCAAGUGAGGUCAAUAACUAUUACAAUGAAGACUUUGUCACACAACAUGAUAUUCUUAGAGAGCUUGCUAUGUAUCAGGGCAGCCAGGGGCUUAGAGAACAAAGGCAAAGAUUGAUUAUCAACAUAAGUAAAAACAAUCCACCAAAGUGGUGGACGGAACAAAAACAGCAACUCUUUAAUGCUCGCUUAUUAUCUAUCUCAACUGAUGAAUUCUUCUUGUCAAAUUGGUGCAACAUUCAAGCACCCAAAGUUGAGGUUCUAGUUCUAAAUUUUCAGACACAGAAUUAUGCCUUACCUGAGUUUACGGAGAAAAUGGAUGAACUCAAGGUUUUGAUAAUCAAUAGUUAUGGUUUCUUUCAUUCUGAAAUAAGCAAUUUUCAACUGCUUGGGUCUUUACCAAAUUUAAAGAGAAUUAGAUUAGAGAAGGUUUCAAUUUCUUCCCUUUACAAGACCUAUGUACCAUUGAAGACUGUGAAAAAAAUAUCCUUGUUUAUGUGUAAUAUUGGCAAGGCUUUUGAGAAUUGUACUAUCCAAGUUUCAGAUGCAUUGCCAAAUUUGACGGAGAUAAAUAUUGAUUAUUGCAAUGAUUUGGAGGAAUUCCCUAUUGGGCUAUGUGAUAUUGCCCCCCUCAAAAAAUUCAACAUCACCAAUUGUCAUAAGUUGUUUGCAUUGCCAGAAGAAAUUGGAAAGUUGGUGAAUUUAGAAGUGUUAAGGCUUAGGUCAUGUACUGAUUUGUCAGAGCUACCAGAUUCAAUCAGAAGCCUCCAUAAGUUAAGCAUUCUAGACAUAUCUGACUGCCUAAGCAUUAUGAAAUUGCCAAAACACAUUGGUGAGAUGUGUAAUUUAAAAGAGCUCAACAUGAAAGGGUGCUUAAGAUUGCGUACUCAAUUUCCAGAAUCAAUAAUGGAUCUUGAGCAAUUAAAGCUUGUGGUAUGUGAUGAAGAGAGGGCCAAGUUAUGGGAUCCUAUCAAGGAAAUACUCUCUAAUCUUGAAGUAUUGGUGGCUGAAAAAGAUAUCAACUUGAAUUGGCUUCCCAAAUGAUGAAUUCUGUGAAUUGUUUCCUUUCGGAAAAUGUAGUAGGUUUGAGUAUGUUAUGUCAAAUGGAAAUAUGGAAAAUCACUGUCAAUGCCAUUGCCAACAGUAGCUGCUGGUCAGGAUAGUUCUCAGCAGAAGCAAUGAUUAUUUUUCAACAGAGAACUAAUUGUGCACAGAUUAUCAUGGUGUUGGAGGAUGUAUACGAGUCACCACUGAAUAAUUAUUCUCAAUGGCAUUGAAAGGAUACUGGAGUCUGUUGCCAUUGGCCUUUGUUUUACUCCUUACCUUAUACUUGAUCAUUGUUUUGGCAUAUU